AUGCCCGUCGCCACCUCCUUCCCGCUCAAAAACACCUCCAUCCGCAUCCCCUCUCGCGGCCUGGGAACCUUCCAGGUAGACCCCAGCGUCUACCCAGAAGGCUCCGUCAAGGCCUCCGUGCUCCAUGCGUUGAAGCUAGGAUAUAAACACAUCGACGCCGCCCUGGCGUAUGGCUGGGGUGCAGUUGAGAGAGACAUCGGAGCCGCGAUUAGAGAAAGCGGCGUUCCCAGGGAGGAGCUCUUUGUGGUGACCAAAUUGCACAAUUGCUUCCAUGCGCCCGAGGAUGUCGAGGUUGGAAUGGAUAUGAGUUUGAAGAAUCUGGGGCUUGAUUAUGGGGUAUCGAACUUCUCGUCGCCCAAACUAAAGCGUCUCCUGAGCGUCUGCCGUAUCCAUCCGGUCGUCAAUCAAGUUGAGCUUAACCCAUACUUCCCCCAGAAGCAACUCCUACGGUUUUGCCAGGAGCAUGACAUUCACGUCACUGCAUAUGGGCCGUUGGGCUGCGCGCCUGUGCCCUACUUGAUUGGAAGAAAAGGCCCCGGUCCGCUUGAAGACCCAACUGUGAGACAUUUACCCUCCUGA